AUGGCCCAACAGCAAGAUACCCCUGAGUUCCGUCUCAUUGGGACCUUUACCCGGUACUCCAGCUGGACCGCUCGUGUAGAGACAGUCCUGGAGUAUUUCCAGAUCCCAUAUACGGCGGAAACCGUUCAACUGUCCGAUGCUCGCAAAGUAUCCAAGUCAGGCCUCAUCCCGCUGCUUGAAAGCCGCUCGCUAGGUGCAAACAUCCGCAUUAAUGACUCCCUAGCUAUCUGCGAGUUCCUGGCAGAGUCCUGCCCGGACCUCCAUCUCUGGCCUCGUGACCGUCAGCUCCGAGCGUUGGCCCGCAGCGCGGCCGCCGAGAUGCAUUCCGGCUUCCAAACCAUCCGCAGUACCUAUCACUCGAACUUUAUCGCACGAUACACUGGAAAUAUUCCUAUAACUGAACAAGGGCGCAAGGAAAUCGAUCGCCUCCUCACACUCUGGGACGAGUCCCGAAAGUUUACGAAGGCUCGACUCGCUCAGUUAGGCGAAAAGGAUGAGGGCUUCCUUUUCGGAAACUUCAGCAUUGCUGACGCAUUCUUCUGGCCAGUUCUGUGGCGCUUCCGCACUUAUGAGCUUCCGCUGGAUACGGCUGGUGACGAUGCCUUGGCUUGGAUGGCGACCAUGUGGAACGAUCCGGCUAUGCGACGGUUGUCGAGCAGUUACUAUCGUCAGGCGGAGCGGCCGGAGUCCCGCAUUGCGCAUUAUGAUGAUAUCUUCCGUGGCCACGAGGAUAUUCAAAGGUGGAACUUCGCGCGGGAAAAUCACUUGACUCACAGACUCACGACAUUCUGCCGCAGUGCAAUGAGCGUCACAGUCGGGGUUCUCGCCUUACAGGGCGCCUUCUACGAACAUAUCCAGCUGCUGAAGCAAGCUGCGGCUGGCUGGUCCCAUUCGUCGCAAUGGGACUUCAUUGAAGUGCGAACCCCGCAGGAAUUGGAGAGAUGCGACGCCCUGAUUCUUCCGGGAGGCGAGAGCACGACGAUGUCGCUGGUAGCAGCUCGGUCCAACCUCUUGGAGCCUCUAAGAGAGUUUGUGAAGGUGCACCGCAAGCCAACCUGGGGUACCUGCGCCGGACUAAUCUUGCUCGCCGAAUCUGCCAAUAGGACAAAGAAGGGCGGUCAGGAACUCAUCGGAGGACUUGACGUGCGUGUGAACCGAAACCACUUCGGUCGCCAGACAGAAAGCUUCCAGGCACCCUUGGAGCUCCCGUUCCUCAACACCCCCGGACAAGAAGAGGCGUCGUUUCCUGCCGUGUUCAUUCGUGCGCCCGUUGUUGAAAAGGUUCUGCCACACCAUGAGGGAAUUCAAACCGGGGAAGUCGAAAGAGACGAGACCAUUGUAGCGCCUUCGAAGUCCGCCAAGGACGCAGCUGCGCGCGAUGCAAUGGCGACAGAUGUGGAGGUUCUGGCAACUCUUCCUGGACGGGCUGCCAAGUUGGUCGCCAGCCAAGGAACGGCCAUCAACCCGGAGAAAGAAGCGGGAGAUAUUGUCGCUGUCCGGCAAGGCAAUGUUUUUGGAACGAGCUUCCACCCCGAGUUGACGGGCGAUGCCAGAAUCCACUCUUGGUGGUUGCGCCAAGUAGAAGAGUCCGUGAAGAGACGACGCGAAAUAGAGCGACGAUAG